UGUUUUGGGAGUGCUCACACACACGCAGCGCGACUUUACUCAGUGAACAAGUAUGAUACACCUGCUAAGGAAACCUUCCCAUCCUCGUGCAGUGGCUUGUGCGAGACUCCUUCACUCAUCUCCUUCGAAGAAAUCGUUCUUCGGUGUGGCGUUCGACAUCGACGGGGUGCUGGUGAGGGGACAAGAGGUCCUACCCGGGGCCCGUGAGAGCCUUAAAGCUCUGGAAGAUGCACGUGUUCCGUAUGUGUUCGUCACGAAUGGGGGGGGCUGCACGGAGGAGGCGAAGGCGAGAGACCUGACCUCAAAGUUGGGAGUGCAAGUGCACCGAUCGAUGGUGGCUUUGUCGCACUCUCCGAUGAGGGCGCUGGCAUCGGAAUAUUCCGGGAAAAGGGUAAUGGUGCUGGGGUCCUCGGCGAAGAAAAUCGCCGAGGAGGACCUCGGCCUGCUAGACACGGUAACACCGGAGGAGUUUGCAGGCGAGUGGCCUGACAUUUUUCAUUUCACAGGAGACCGUUACUACAUCCCAAGAAACUUUCCAAGAAGGCUUGCCGAAGGCGAGCGUCCUCGAUCUGUGUCCGCCGUAAUGGUGCUUCAUGAUCCCUUGGAUUGGGCGCUCGAGGCCCAAGUUGUCGUCGACGUCCUUCGCGGAGGGGACCCCCCGGGCUCUGGUGGCGCCUCACAAACGCCCAUGUAUAUUUCCAACCCGGACUUCGUGUUUGCCUCCACGUAUCAGGAGCCUAGAUUUGCCGCGGGCGCAUUUGCUGACACCGUGCGAAUGCUUUACGCUAAGAGAUUCGCGACGAGCGAGCCAACAAUCGAGGUGUUCGGCAAACCCACCAUUUCAACCUUCGACUAUGCGAGGCGCUUGCUGGAAGAGCGCGAUGGAGUCAUCCGUCCCCAGGAAGAACACAAGAUUGAACGAAUAUACAUGGUUGGAGAUAACCCAAGUGGCGAUAUUCGAGGAGCAAAUGCCGCCGGACCUCCUUGGCUGUCAAACCUCGUGAAAACAGGCGUUUUUCGUGACAAGGGCGGUCGGGGCAAUGACGCCGAAGACCCGGCACACUUUGUCCACAACGACGUCAGAGAAUGUGUCAAUUUUGCAAUGGAACGAGAAGCCCGGCGGGUUGAGGAGUAUCCAUGUGAUCAAGGCUGAUUUUGCACCGAUUCCAUGAUGGAGCUUUGGGAGAGUGCGAGCGAGUGAGAGCAUGUGUAUGUUCCAGGAACAAUCACCUUGAAAUAGCCAGUGGAGGUGAUAGACGUCGCUUGGCAUUUCCUGAAAAUGCUAGGGCGCGAUUUCUUCGCCUUUCUUCCGAUCACACCAAGUGAGUUCGUUAGGUGUGAGAUUUCACCGAAGAUUUUCGGCUACAAUCCGAAAAGUCAUCUUCUUUUAUUCUUCAUCAGCUCGUCAGCUCGAAGGCAAGGCUAGCGGCCACACAUCCCCAGAUUGAUCUCGGCACACUGGUCGAGCCUUCGAACCCACAGAUGUGUCAUCAAUGCAAGAGGGAACACUACUAUUUUUUCACUUCAUGCAGCAUCUUCCUCCCUGCUUAUCUUCGGUUGGACAACUCUGCAGGUCUCUAGUCC